CGCUCCCUCCAUCAUCAGAGUGAGAGAGAGAGAGAGAUCACGCAGUGAAAAAAAUAAGCAGAAGAUUCGCGGGGAACUUUUACUCGUUUCUUUUCUAAUCUCACCGUGUUUUGUUGUUGUUGUUUUUUUUUUACCGUGGGAUUAUAAUAAAGUGGAUUACUGUGAUGAAAUAGCGUCGAAGGCAGCGCCACGUCCACGGCAGCAAGAGUGAAUUACGCCGGGGUAAAGAGACGUAAAAGCGGGAUCGAUCCUCAACUUCAGUCCCUCCCUGUGUGUCUGCUGCUCCGGCUCCGGACGCGACUAUGUCCUGCUCAUGCUCGUCCUGACCUGACUCUGCUUCUGCGGGACCACAUUUCCCAUGGAGCUGUGCACCGACACACACACUGUUCAACCAUGGAGCCACCAGUCAGGGUUUUGGACUCAGAGAGCCAGUGAGACAGAGGAGGACCAGAACCAGAACCAGAUAUUUUGAUAUAUCACCGUCCACAGCCAUCGCCUUCCCUAUCUCUUCCUCCUCCUGCACGUCCUCCUCAGCUCCUGCUGUGGAUCACAGACUGUCCUCAGGACGUCUUCUGUCAGUCCAGCUCCUCUGUGAAGUUACCUGAUCACAGUUCACGUCCUUGGCUCCAGAUCCAGAUCCAGUCCAGUCCUGCUGCAGGAUGGCAGGUCUCUCAUUCUGUUUGGCCGUGACGAUGUCCGCCGCUCUGCUGCUGACCCUCAGAACUGACGCUGCAGGUCAGAACCCGGACCACGUCUUGCAGGGGACCGGGGUGAAUCCUGAGGCUCGGGGACGGCCCGGGGACGACUCCACCAUCGCCCCCGAGGACGCCGCGCGGUUCCUCAGCUGCUACUGCUCCGGACACUGUCCUGAGGACGCCACAAACAACACCUGCCAGACCAACGGUCAGUGUUUCGCCAUCAUCGAGGAGGACGAGCACGGCGAGGCCCUCCUCACCUCGGGCUGCAUGAAGUACGAAGGCUCACACUUCCAGUGCAAGGAUUCGCCCAAAGCUCAGACCCGGAGGACGAUCGAGUGCUGCAGCACCGACUUCUGUAACAGAGACCUGCAGCCUACACUGCCCCCGCAGGCUCCCUCCGAAGGUAGUCCUCACUGGUUGGCGUUCCUCAUCUCGAUGACGGUCUGCUGCUGCACGCUCAUCUGUGUCACUGUCGUCUGUUACUACAGGUAUAAGUGGCAGACUGAGCGUCAACGUUAUCACAAAGACCAGGAGCAGGAAGUCUUCAUCCCUACAGGAGAGUCUCUCAAAGACCUGAUCCACCAAUCACAGAGCUCUGGCAGUGGCUCCGGGCUCCCCCUGCUGGUGCAGAGAACCAUCGCCAAGCAGAUCCAGAUGGUGCGUCAGAUUGGCAAAGGUCGCUACGGCGAGGUGUGGCUGGGCCGCUGGCGAGGAGAGAAGGUGGCCGUCAAAGUGUUCUUCACCAGAGAGGAGGCCAGCUGGUUCAGAGAGACGGAGAUCUACCAGACCGUCCUCAUGAGACACGAAAACAUCCUCGGCUUCAUCGCAGCCGACAUUAAAGGCACGGGCGCCUUCACGCAGCUCUUCCUCAUCACCGACCACCACGAGAACGGCUCGCUGUACGACUACCUGAAGCUGACCACGCUGGACACGCAGACGCUGCUGCGGCUGGCGUACUCGGCCGCCUGCGGCCUCUGCCACCUCCACACAGAGAUCUACGGCACACAGGGCAAACCGGCCAUCGCUCACCGAGACCUGAAGAGCAAGAACAUCCUGAUCAAGAAGAACGGGGCCUGCUGCAUCGCCGACCUCGGCCUCGCUGUCAAGUUCAACAGCGACACCAACGAGGUGGAUGUCCCCCUGAGCACACGGGUGGGGACGAGGCGCUAUAUGGCGCCCGAGGUCCUGGACGAGAGUCUAAACAAGAACCACUUCCAGGCUUACAUCAUGGCCGACAUGUACAGCUACGGCCUGGUCAUCUGGGAGAUGGCCCGACGCUGUGUGACCGGAGGUAUGGUGGAGGAUUACCAGCUACCAUACUAUGAUAUGGUGCCCUCUGACCCCUCGUAUGAAGACAUGCUGGAGGUGGUUUGUGUGAAGGGACUUCGACCCUCAGUGUCAAACCGCUGGAACAGCGACGAGUGUCUCCGGGCCAUGCUGAAGCUGAUGUCGGAGUGUUGGGCUCAUAACCCCGCCUCCCGCCUCACCAUCCUCAGAGUCAAGAAGACGCUUGCCAAGAUGGUGGAGUCGCAGGACAUCAAGAUCUGACCCCUCCCUCCUCCUCCUCCUCUUCCUCAUCUUCCUCCUCAUCAGCUGCUGGAUCCACCAGAACUCAUCCACUCACUCACCAGGACCAGGACCUGGGUCAGACCAGACCAGACCUGCCUCCUCAGACCCGCCCCCUUCCUCAGGAGGAGACAUUGGGAGAUAAUAAAAGGACCCGCCCUCAGGGCUGAACUAAGCUCCUCCUCCUCUUCUUCCUGUUCAGACAGCCGCGUUUGACGCUUUCUGUGAAAGCCAAACAGACGAUGAUGACUAAUGAUUUCAAAUGGCGAGAGGCAGCGAGGGGGCGGGGCCUUCAAGCGUGUUGUGAUUGCUUUUUUUAAACUCCUCCUCCUCCUCUUCCUGUUAUUUUUUGGACAUCGUCUUCACGAGCGUUUCCUCCUCCUCCUGCCAUGUUUGAAACUUUAUCUCCAGUAGAUUUAAUUAUCAGAGGAAAUAUAAGGUACAAAUAUUAUUAUUAUUAUUGUUAUUAUUAAAGUUAUUAUUAUAACAUGUAUAUCCAGGAGUCUUCACCUCAGCAGAGGAUUAGGAUUCAAAAACACAACACUGCUGCCAUGGUGACGACGACCCGACGCUGGGAGAUGAGGGCGUCGCCAUGGAGACGUCUGCCGUCCGUCUGUGUUUGUCCGUCUGUUUGUGUUUGUCGUAAAUAAAAGUCGUCCAGCUUCUCCGGAGACGAAAAAACCUCUGUGGUCGAGUUCAACGUCCGACAGAAAAUACGAUCAACGUCAAAGGAGUUGGAAUUGAUUUCCCAUUUGUGAAAAGUCGGGAGAAAAACUUCACAAACCCCGCCCACCCUCGUACACACAUUGCUAUUUUUAAUCGCUAAUGGCAAUUUUGUCAUAUUUGUUUGGCGGGAGAUGAGUCGUAAUUUUUUGUUUUAUCAGCAAACGAAAAACAUGUUCUCUAUGUUUGCGUCCUUUUUUUUCUUCUUACUUCUCAACUGGAACGCACUGAUCACUUCCGACUUCCGACAAUAACGGAGUGAACCGUCGCUCCCAGGUCGCUGCAGUGGAUCCGAAAAAAGCUUGCGAUUUGAAGUUUCUGUUUGAAAGAGGAACUGAAAUGUAAUCACGGUCACGCCAUCACGGUACUUUUCUGUUGUGUAAAGAAGUAGAAUCUUCGCGUUUGACGUUUUGUCAGGAUUUUGAAGUUUUCUUGCGUUUUUACACCUCUGAAAGUGCGACACUUUUGGGAGGAAAACAACGUCAUUGCUUAUCAGCUGCUACGUUAAAGGUACAAUACGUAAUACUCAACACGUCACUCCAAAAACAGAAGCUAAUGCUAGUUUUCCGUCAACAACAUGUGACCAAUCCUCGUUUCCUUUGGUCAAAAAAACCUGUUUAAUCCCAAAUUUUUGUCAAAAUGUUUUCAUCGUCAAUCAUUUCCAGUUUAAUACUACAAUCGCACAAUCAUCAUCCGAUAAUGUUAGCAUUAAAGUUUGUAGAUUGUUACUUUUUUUUAUAUGUUUUAUAGGCUCGAUGUCGUCCAUUAUUAAACCAAAAAAGUAACGAUGCUAAUGUUAUCGCUGAGAGCUACAAAGUUUUUGUUUUACUUACUUUUUUUUCCCACACAGACGUGAAACAAACACACAGAGCAACGGGAAUGUCGCAUUCAUUUUCAUUGUAGACUAAUAUUAGCUCUGCUCAUAUUUUUCUCUCUGUUCUUUAGACGUAAAUCUAGAGCGACACCUACAGCUCAGACUGUGAACUUCUUUCAACUGUGUCGUACAUCGUGACUCGUUACUUCCUGUGUUUACUGUCGGGUUAAAUUAUUAUUAUUACACACAAACAUCGGAACUUUCAGGAGAUUUUAAAGGAGCGUCAGUGUAAAAAAUAUCGCAACCAAAAUAAUCAGCAUUAAGCUCCGCCUCUAAUUUAUCUGUUCAAAUCAAUAUUUGAUGCUAACGCGUUCAUUUUUGUCAAAGGUUUUGGAAAAAUUUAACUUUUCUGUUUUUUCAACCAUGUUUUACACAAACUUUUCUUUACAAGGGCCCCUUAUUUAUUUUUUUCCAAAAGAGAGCAAAAUUUUAUAUUAGUCUUUUGUUAUUUUAAAUAAACACAAAUUUAAACGAAAUGUUUGGGAGAAUUUUGCAAAUUUGUCUGGAAAGAAAUUCAAAAAUAUUUCCUUUGCGAUGUUUUAAGGGCAGAAUGUUGUGCGUUUUUUAAAUUUUUGAUCCCGUGGCAGCGUCACAGCAAGCUAGAAAAGUCGGGACUGCUCCUUUAAGUGUUUGCGAGUUUCUCUCCUGAGCGUGGACGACGUGCACGUGUUAGCCUGCUGUGUGUAUGUGUGAGAGAAGCUAACGUUCAAACCGUAGCUAUUUAAAAAAAACAAAUGGUAAAGUCAAGUGUCUUUUUUUGUCUGUCAUUAAAAAACAAACGAGAAAAGUCGCAGGAUUAGAAUAAUUUUGUUAAUCUGUCAUGUUUUUGUUGUUUUUGUACAGCAUCUGUUUGAGUUUUAACCGCGACAAAAAGACAAAGUGUGUAAUGUUGAGUCUGUCCAAUGUAACAAUUUUUAAGUAAAAAUAGCCUUAUUUUAGUAAACAAA